AUGACCAAGACAUUGAAGAAUGUGAGGUAUCUGCUCAUCUUAGAUGGUCUAUGGGAAGUGUUUAGCUUAGAUCAAGUUGGAUUUCCAAAACCAGACAAGCAAAACAGAUGCAAGAUCACAAUAACCACCCAAUUCAUUGCAAUGUGUAAUGCAAUGGGGGCCAAUAAGCAGAUUAGAGUCAGGACUCUUGUGCAUGAGGAAGCGUGGAAUUUGUUCUGUGAAAGAUGUGGGGAUGUGGUUUUGUCAUCAGAGAUUCGACUGGUAGCGGAGAAAGUUGCAGAGUACAGCAGAUUACCUCUUUCAGUUGAGACAGUGGGACGGGCGAUGCGUAGCAAGGAAAGGAAAGAGCUAUGGGAGGAUGCUUAG